GGGAUCACACCAGCACAGAUCAGUCCCAUCCCUGUAACCCACACGCAGCCCCUCAGAGGACAUGCGCUUGGGACCUGGAGUGGUGCUGACUGUUCCAGGCUGCCACGCACCAAGGCUAGCACUCAUGCCUGGAGCAUGCCCUCUCUCUUGUUUUCCACACAGUGACUUGCCAAAAUUUGGAGCGUGGCCACAUCUCAGCCCCCGCACCCAGGAAGUUCCUGGGGCAGGCUUCAGCAUCAUUACACGCUUAUAGAAAAUAAUGAGCCCUUUGCGGAGGGCGGGAGGGAGGUGUGGCAUGGCGGUGCAGGAACCUGUAGAUCAUGUCUAGAUGAAACAUCUCGUGAUGCCCCAGCUGACCUCAGCCAUCCACGCCGAGAAACACAGGGACACCCAGCACAGCCGAGCGGCACCAAACACGUCCCUCCUGUGCCACCCACCAGGCUCGGUGUCCUCCUGUGUGCCCAGCGGCACAGCCUCCCCUGCCACCACCGCUAUCACUACUGCCAGACAUGGCUGCCCAGAGAGUAGCCAUCAUUGGUGCCGGCGCCUCCGGCUUGUGCGCCCUGAAAUGCUGCCUGGAUGAGGGGCUGGUCCCUACCUGCUUCGAGAGGAGUGGGGACAUCGGGGGGCUGUGGCGGUUCGAGGUAAGCCCCAUGCUUUACCAAGUUGCCCUAGGCAGCAGCAGACAGGAUUGCUUACUGGCAGCUAAUGAAGAACCGCUGGGAUAUCCCCUUGGUGCAGACUGGGACGCUGGCAGCACAGGAUUGAUCCUGCCCAAUGAGCCACUGCUGGGGUCAGUUGUCACCCCAGGGCUUGCUUUCCUGCCUUAGGCUGCAUGUUUCCCAUCCCUCCCUUCCCAGCCCGUCCUGCUCCCACCCAUCCCUUCCGCUGGUCCCACGUGCUCCCCCCCAGCUGUCCCACUGCUGCUGGCAUUACUUUCUUACCUUUCCUGAUCCAUUCUUUCUCUGGAAGUCCUGGCUGCUCCUCAUCUUGCUCCUGUGCCUCUCCUACCUCCCACGCACAGGCACAGGGUGCUACCUUUGUUCUCCUUGCCAAGGGAAAGCCCCAGAGCUUGUUUCUGCCCCCACCAAGUGAUGCCACUGUCUUUUCUUCCCAAGACCAUGCAAACCUUGCAUGUUCCGUUGCUCUGUCCAGCCUUGCUGUGAGCAGGACAGCCUGGGAAAUGCUACACAGUGCUGGCACGGGGUUUGGGGCUGCUUGGCCAACAUGAUGCUGGUUUUGCCCAACAGUGGAGCAGAGCUAAUGCAUGGGAGACAGAGGUUGAGCUGCUGAUGCAGAUAUCAGGAUCUGGGCUGAGCUGAUACCAUGGCUGCCUCAGUCCUGUGACCAGCGGGGCAGUGGUAGCACAGGUGGGUUUGGGACUGCCACAUGUUCCCCUGGCCAGCACUGAGCUGUGCCCCAUGCUCACAGGAGCAGCCCGAGGAGGGCCGCGCCAGCAUCUAUCGCUCUGUCAUCAUCAACACUUCCAAGGAGAUGAUGUGCUUCAGUGACUUCCCCAUCCCCGAUGACUUCCCCAACUACAUGCACCACUCCAAGAUCAUGGAGUACUUCCGCAUGUACGCCCGGCACUUCGACCUGCUCCGACACAUCCGCUUCAGGACCAGUGUGUGCCGUGUGACCAAGCGCCCCGACUUCGCCGCCACGGGCUGCUGGGAGGUGGAGACCGAGAGCGAGGGCAAGCAGGAGUCAGCCAUCUUCGACGCCGUGUUGGUGUGCACUGGGCACCACACCGAUGCACACCUCCCACUGCACGCCUUCCCUGGACUGGACAAGUUUGAAGGCUGGUACCUGCACAGCCGUGACUACAAGAGCCCACAGACCUUUGCAGAGAAGCGGGUCAUCGUGAUCGGCACCGGGAACUCGGGCAUCGACAUUGCGGUGGAGCUGAGCCACAUAGCCAAGCAGGUCUUCCUCAGCACCAAGCGUGGGACAUGGGUGAUGCACCGGGUGGCAGAAGGUGGGUAUCCCUUUGACUUCUCCUACCUCAGCCGCUUCACUCAGCUCCUCCAAAGCCUGCUGCCCCUCUCUGUGAGCAACUUCAUGCUGGAGAGGAAACUCAACAUGCGCUUUGACCAUGCUCUCUAUGGCCUGAAGCCAAAACACCGGGUCUUCAACCAGCACCUGACCAUCAACGACGACCUGCCCAACCGCAUCAUUUCAGGCAGGGUGCGGGUGAAGCCGAACAUCAAGCAGUUCACAGAGACAUCUGCCAUCUUUGAGGAUGGCACUAAGGAAGACAUCGAUGCUGUGGUCUUUGCCACAGGGUACAGCUUCUCCUUCCCCUUCCUUGAGGAUUCCGUGAAGGUGGUAGAGAAUCAGGUCCCCCUCUACAAGUUCAUGUUCCCUGUUGACCUGGAGAAGCCGACGCUGGCUUUCAUUGGCUACAUCCAGCCUCUGGGAGCCAUCAUGCCCAUCUCAGAGAUGCAGAGUCGCUGGGCCACCCGUGUCUUUAAGGGUCUGCACAAGCUGCCACCAACCAGCACCAUGCUGGCUGAUGUCACACAAACCAAAGAGAAAAUAGCCAAGCGGUAAGGACCCUGAGGGGCAGCAGCCCUGCCACCAUCCCCUCGAUGCACACGCACCUAACCACCUCACUGUCCCUGCCCACAGGUACGUGGCCAGCCGGCGGCACACCAUCCAGGUGGACUACAUUCCCUACAUGGACGAGCUCGCCUGCCAGC